AUGAAGCUCUGGUCCACGCUACUCCUCUCCUUCUCGGUCAUUUCCGGCGUCUUCGCCGCGAAACCCACUCAAGACACAUUCCAAAAAUAUCAGUCCCUCUCGCGCUCGGGACCAGUUGAUCUGGACAAUGCCGCCUUCGAGGAGCUGACGAACGCCCCUCGAGAUUAUUAUGCGGCCGUUAUUCUGACGGCUAUGGAUGUUCGCUAUGGCUGCGCUAUGUGCCGUGAAUUUGAUCCUGAAUGGAACCUCAUUGCCAAGAGCUGGAACAAGGGCAACAAGCCGGAUGACCUGAAGGUUGUCUUUGGUACUCUUGACUUCGAUCAGGGCAAGGCUGUCUUCCAAAAGCUCAUGCUUCAAACCGCUCCCGUCAUCCUUCUGUUCCCUCCUACCGUUGGACCUUUCGCCAAGUUGGAAUCCGAGCCCGCGAGGUUCGACUUUACUGGGCCAAUCUCUGCCGACCAGCUCUACUCGUGGAUCAACCGCCACCUACCUGACGGCCCCAAGCCUGAGUUGGUUCGACCCGUCAACUAUAUGCGCAUCGUUUCGGCGAUUACCAUCCUCAUGGGCGCCGUCACUCUCUUCACGGUGCUUUCACCCUACGUGUUGCCCAUCAUUCAGAACCGCAACCUCUGGGCCGCCGUCAGCCUGAUCGCCAUUCUUCUAUUCACUUCCGGUCAGAUGUUCAAUCACAUUCGGAAGGUCCCUUACGUGGCUGGUGACGGCAAUGGUGGAAUCAGCUACUUUGCUGGUGGAUUCCAGAACCAGUUUGGCUUGGAGACCCAAAUUGUGGCUGCCAUCUAUGCUGUCCUCUCAUUCGCAACCAUUGCUCUUGCAUUGAAGGUUCCGCGCAUGGAGGAUGUCAAGGGACAGCAGGUGGCUGUUUUGAUCUGGGCUGGUGUCCUCUUCGGCACGUACAGCUUCCUGCUCAGCGUGUUCAAGACCAAGAACGGUGGCUAUCCGUUCUACCUCCCACCAUUCUAA